CGAAUUUCGCAGCUUUCGUGCUGACUGUGCUCAAAACGGGUCCCGGCUGCCUUCAGCAUCGCCGCGCUGCCCGAGGGCCGCGUGUCUCGGCAGCUGUGUGCGUGCUUUCUGCACCUCUGGCCCCGAGUAUCCGUGAGUUUGCGUGUGUGUGUCGCAGUCUCGCCUGCAGAGAGGAGCCCUCGCCUGCUCCGCUCGCCCAGCUCCUGCUCUAUAGCCGGCGGGAGACGCGCGCCUCCCCAGCAUGGAGCAGACCGAGGUGCUGAAGCCGCGGACCCUGGCCGACCUCAUCCGCAUCCUACACCAACUCUUCUCGGGCGACGAAGUCAACGUAGAGGAGGUGCAGGCCGUCCUGGAAGCCUACGACAGCGACCCUGCCGAGUGGGCGGUGUACGCCAAGUUCGAUCAGUACAGGUAUACCCGAAAUCUUGUGGAUCAAGGAAAUGGGAAAUUUAACCUGAUGAUUCUGUGUUGGGGUGAAGGACAUGGCAGCAGUAUUCAUGAUCACACGGAUUCCCACUGCUUUCUGAAAAUGCUGCAAGGAAAUCUAAAGGAAACAUUAUUUGCCUGGCCUGAUAAAAAAUCCAAUGAGAUGACCAAGAAGUCUGAAAGAACCUUGAGAGAAAACCAGUGUGCCUACAUCAAUGAUUCUAUUGGCUUACACCGAGUAGAGAAUAUCAGCCAUACAGAACCUGCUGUGAGCCUUCACCUUUACAGUCCACCUUUUGAUACAUGCCAUGCUUUUGAUCAAAGAACAGGGCAUAAAAACCAAGUCACCAUGACAUUCCACAGCAAAUUUGGAAUCAGGACUCCAUUUCCAACUUCAGGUUCACUGGAGAACAAUUAAGAAGCGCCAGCUCUGCAGAGUUUUGCUUUAAGGUGUGCUGAAUGUUUGGCUUGGACCAGAAGGCCUUCCACUGUUUGAUGUACAGUAAUACAUAUAAAUAAGCCAAUACUUAGAUCUACUGUAAGGCAGAUACUAAUGAUAAGGCGUUAAUAAGCAGGUAACGCCCUGAGCAGUAUACUGCAGAAGAAAAAAAUCCCAUUAAAAAGUCUUGAAAUUUAGCCAGGCAUGGUGGCACAUGCCUGUA